GAUACCACAGAAAAUAACUCAUUUCUGGCAUCAAUGAAGGAUUUCUUUGUUAAUUCUCCUGAAAGUUUUUAAAAUGCACCAAGAGACCUUGCAUUAAGCAGUGGCUUGAAAACAGUGAAAUCUUUCAUGUGCUACAGUUCAAAUUUACAUGGAGAUUAAUCUCCAAACUCUCAAAUACCAGACAAAUAUUUCCAGGAAAAAUUAUGUAGUUUUUUUUUUUUUUUCAACAGCAACCAAAUGUGUUUGAAACAUUUAUCACAAAUGCAAGUGUUUCUUCUAACUUUAAUUACCAUUUUAUGGAUUGUGCAAAGCUCCAGCUAUGUGGUUGCUGAAUUCUGUGCAGAAGACUUGACUACGGAAGAAGAAAUUGCAUUUACAUGCUCUUGUCAUUCCAAGAAUGAAACAAUCAUUAUUCAAGACCUCAGGAUAAGCAGUGGUAACAAGCACCUCACACUUCCUGUCAACACAACAAGGCUGCAGGUUGGCCAGUGUCAGGCAGUCCAUCUCAGUGGCCCAACUCUCAUCUCCCUUUCCAACAUUCACAUUCUACAGCUACAUGAAACUGAUGUGCUUCAUGUAUCAUAUAAUUUUUUUCUACAAUAUGAGACUCAACUUCAGACACUCCAGCUGUCUUCCUCUGGGUUUGCCCCAAUGCAGGAUGCUCUCAUCAUUCAUGCACACAAACUAACCCACAUCCUCUUUGACAAUAUUACCUGGGACAGAGAACUCAAUCUCUUGCUACAGACAGAUGAGAAUCAGCUCCAAGAGGUUUUAGCUAUAACCAACAGCAAAAUAAAAACACUGGGUGAAAUUAACAUUGCAUCACGACAUGUUAAAAAAUUUGUGCUACAAAGCAAUGUGAUUGGCAAGGUUCUCACCAGUGCACUCAUCCAAGAUUCCCAAGAAACAGUGAUUGAAAACAACAGUAUUGACAGUCUUGAGUUUCUCUCAUUUGACUUCAGCACUCAUAACUUUACAUUUAAAGGAAACACCAUCAAGUCAUUGGCAAUACACAGUUUGGUCAUAAAUGAAGCCAAUACAAUAACAAUUCUCAACAACAUAUUUUAUCACAUUGAACGAUAUGGACUAGCCUGGUUACAUUUAUCCCCAGAGCAGGGAUAUCUUCUCUUCUCAGGAAAUCAUUUUUAUGCACACGAAGAAGGAAGUCUGAUUCUUCUUAACUUUAUGCCAUUAAAUUAUAAGUUGGAAAUUGAGAACAAUGUACUGCACACAGUGACUUGCAACUGUAGCACAAUGAUGUUAUUAAAUUCCAUGACAAUCGAUAGUACCAUGAGGGAGCCACAAGUUGUAUAUGAACUGUUUGAGAAUUCAACAUUCUGCUCCGACAUGAAAAACAACACCCAAAGGCUGAACACCAUCUGUGGUAAAAAUUUCAUGGACAAGGAACUUGUAAUACUAUUUCUUAUAAUAGUAGGAGUUAUUGCAGGUCUGUUUUCAGUCCUACUACUGAAAGUCAAGAAGAACAUGAAAACUCGCAAUGUAGCUCUUGGCACAGAAGAAACAGAAAUCAUGUUAAAAUCUCCAGUAAAAAAGAAAGGAGUGUCAAAUGGUGUUUCUAAUUAUGCUUUUGUGGAAUUUUAAAACCAAAUACUAACAGCUGUGGGCUCGAGUAAUGGAAAAGCAAGCAUCAAUAACUGCUAACUCAAAACUUGACUUUGCUGAUGCUUAACUGAUAAAUUUUCAAUUAAAAAAUUUAAUCUAAUUAUCAGUCAUUUUUUUUUAUUAUAUGAAGUAAAUUUUUUUUAGUUGAAAAAUUCUAAUAUGUACCUUAGAAAUAGAGCUUCCCAAAAAAGGCAUAACAUGGCAAGAUCAGAAGAUGGCCAAGGUGUACAUGAAGACAUUAAAUUAAACAUUAGUUUAUAUUCAA